UGUGUUGACAGGCUGAGAGUUGAAUUUUCGUGUGCGGUGGUGUUUUCCAAUUUUUCACGAUUCCAUACAAUUAAUUUGAAUAUGUCUUAAUAUAAUUGAUUUUAUCACAAUGUGUUAUAAUUCUACUUAAUCUUCUAUGCCGAUAUUUUUGACAACAAAAAAAUAAAGAUUAUUGAGAAUAAAUCAUAUGCACUGCAGCAAUUCUUUAUGUUUGGGGACACCCGAGUGAUAUAUUUUUAACAGCGGUUUGAUAGAAUUUCGGUUUCUGCGAAGAUGUCGUUUGCAUUUAAGAUAGAUAAAGCAUUAAAGGCGAAUUUGUAUAAAAUUUGUCGUCUUUGUGGAAUCGAUAGAGAUGAAAAAUUUGAAAUAUUAGACGCUGAGGACAAUGAUGAGCAACAGCCACUGGAUUGUGACGGCGAAUUGAAACUGCACCAAAAAAUUAUACAAUGCAUUGGGAUUACUGUUUGCAAAGAUGAUAAAAUGCCACAAAGUGCUUGCGGUCUUUGCGUGGACAAAAUCAAUGAUUUCUAUGAGUUUCGUGAAAUGUGUUAUGCCACAGAUGUACAGACUAGAAAAUUGCUCGGAUUGAAGGGCGAGUCUCAGAAAAAAAUUGUAAAUCCCGACGUCAAACCCAUUAUAGAUAUAAAGGAAGAAACCAUAGGGAAACGGGGUCGUAAACGCAAGCCAGAGGAACCAAUAGUAAGGUUAGAAGCCACCGAAGUUAAGCGGGAAACUAAUCCCGUAGGGAAUAUUACAAAAAAACAACGCUUAAAUGAGCCGCCUAUAGAAACAAAGAAGAAAGGGAAACUUGGAAAACAAGUUGACAAAACGUUAAAACCCAAAGAGGAAAUAAAAGAAGAACCCAUGGAAGCUGAAAAACCUUCAACUGCAAAUAGCAAUAUAACGAAAUUUCGUCAAACGUGUAACAUAUGUAGUGAGCGUUUUGGAAGCAAGUUAAAGUUAGAUCAACAUGUAGCGGCUAACCAUCUGCCUAACAUUCCACGUUACUAUUGUACAGCUUGCAAUGAGACCAUUAAAAAGACAAACGAUAUCAAAAGCCAUCAGUUAUGGCAUAAAUUAUCAAAGACACCCUACAUGUGUGGACAUUGCGGACAAUUACUGACUAGCUCAUAUAUGUAUUCCAGACAUCUUCGUGACCAUACUGUGGAGAUUCCACCGAAUCUGUGGAUACUUGAUCGUGAAUGUCCCCAAUGCCAUCAAACGUUCUUAACAAACUAUCUCUAUAAUACUCACCCAUGUGCAGUAAGAACUAAAAAAUGCGCGGGGUGCAAUCGCCAAUUACGUAACGAGCUGGAAUAUCAGCGCCAUGCAGCACAUUGCGCUAAAGUUUAUUUGAAUUAUUCGAAACAUAUACCAGCUGCUGCUGUAGCUGCAGAAUCCACAAUUCGGAUUAAAAAUGAAAAUGAUGUCGAAGCAGCAGCAGCUGAAGCUCUUGUCCGAACAGUUGGUAUAACUUUGGAUAUGGCACCUAUAGUAUCGCUAACUCGUAUUUCGACGCCAGAAAUUCUGGCAGCAAGCCAAGGUAAAGAUUUAGUAGAUUACACCAGUGAAAAUGCUGCAGGAUUGGCUGAGGAAGGAAAAACACCAGGAAAAAAGAGUACUAAAAAGGGGGUCUCUCGUAAGGAUCUCAAGAGGGUAGAUGAUCUCUUAAAAUCUACAUUAGAUGCUCUCGUUAGCAUUAAGCAUGAGCCGGAAGUGCAUGUAGAAGUCGAAGGCGAAACACCGGCACCAUCCGCUACAACUGCCAAUAAAGAAGAUGAAACAGCGGUUGGAGAUGAUGAUCGUUUCAAUCAAAACGAUGAUUUUCAUCAUGCCGAUGAUGAUGAUGAUGAUGAUGAUGAUGAAGAUGAUGAUGAUGAUGACGGUGACGAGAACAAUGUUAGUGCUGCUAGCAGCACUAUAGGCAUAAAGCAGGAGCAAGUGGAAGAUGGUGUUUCGCCAAAUGCUAUACAUGUUAAGCAGGAAGUUGUUGAUGUUGACAACGAUAAUCCGGCACCAGCAACGAAAAUGCCAGUAUUAAAAUUGAAAAUUAAAAAAGAACAUGGUACGUUGAAUUCUUCUAUAGUUGAAGUGCAAAGCGAUAGAGCAGAAAAGAAAAAGAAGAAGAAGAAGCGAAAAGAGGCAGAACGCUCCCGAGAUAAAACAUCGGAUAUUAAUGAACAUCCUCAAGAGGCUUCUACACAGCCUACUGAAGCCGAAGCGCCACUCGAUAAAGAGUCAAAUUCAAAUAUUUUGAAGCCUAUCAAACAGGAACGGUUAGACGAAACAGAUGAAGAUGAUGAUGGCAAUAAAACAGACAAUAGCGAAGCGAUACCUACCGUCAUGACCACUAUACCAAUACCACAAUUCCAAAUAUCUGCUAUUUCUAGUGGUGUCGAUUUUGGCGAUACAGCGGCUUGUGAAAAAGAGUCAGCAGAUGUUGGAGUUGGUGUAGCUACAGCGCCGGUGACACUUCAAACUACUGCUGUGGAGGAAGAAAUUGAAGACGUCAAACCGAACAAAGCUGAAUUAGAUCGUCUAUUUCAAAUUACUAGUGUAAGUUGUGGUGUGCAGAUGGAACAUGAACAAGAAAAUGAAACAGAUAACGAUACAGAUUGUAGUACCGAAGAUACCAUCUCUGCCAGGGAAAGCGUUGCGCAAGAACCAACCAAAACUGAUACCGUUAGUAAUGUUGUUAAACGGAAGUCUGUUAAAACCUCGUCUAAAGUUGGAAAACACAAAUCAAACGACCAAAAGUCGCAAUCAACGCGGUCGGCCAAAGCAUUCAAAUCAACUUCAGGUAUCAACAAGCCCAACAUUAGUGGUGUUGCUGAGUCUAAUACUUCUGAGCUUUCAAAUAUUCAAAUUAAACCCGAGCCCGUUGAUGCUGGUUAUGAAGAUGUUUACAAUGCUUAUGAAUCAGCAACAAAUUCCUCAGUGACCGAAACUGAGCCUGCCAAUGAAGGAUUGUUCAUGAGAGAAAUUUCUGAGCAGGAAUAUUUGAAUAAUAUUGAUUUCACCAAUAUACAAAUCAAGCAAGAAAAAGAUGUCGAUGUAGCCGAUGUGGAGAUAACAAACACACACAUCAUGGCGAAUGCCCUGCCCAAUGGUAUGAGACGUUCGAAUGGAGAAGAAUCUCAAUAUACCGAUGGUGAUAAUACAGAUACUUCGGAUAACGAAGAAACCGACGACGAUGAGGAUGAUGAGGAAGAAGGUGAUGGCAAUGACGAUUGGGUAGGCAUUAAACAAGAAAAUGAAAAACGCGAAUAUCGUGAAAUUGAGUUACCGCCUUUGCUGUCGACAGAAAAUCACGAGACAACUGAGGAAGGCACAAACAAUAAACACCAGUCAAAAGCACACAAUGAUGAUGAUGAUGACAGAAACGAUUUAUCUUCUUGCUCGAUGGAGGGUAACAAAACGCCAGAAAAUCAUGCAUUAUGUGAAUUGGAUAAGCCUACAACAAGUACAUUAACGACCGAAGAUAGGCAAAACUCUCCACCGCCAUUCAUUAUAACCGGCGUUUAUUGUCAAGCGGAGGAUGGAGAAAAUGGAAUUAAUAACGCAAAACCCACACUUCCAAAAGAAGCAGAUGUGCAGUAUUCCCUUGGUGUACUUGAGCCACCACCAGCAGAAGUGCCAACAUUGAAAAUUGCCAAUAUCCUUUCUGGUUGUUCAGUUAGCUUUAAUGAUCUAUCGAAAAACGAUGACUUACUAACUGUAAAUGUACCAGCAACAUGGACGGAUGAACCGAUGGAUGUUGGUGAGGAGACAGAAGGCGGUACAAUCGACACAACCGUUCCUACUGAUUCCCUGCAUACUACAAUAGCACAGCAAUCAGCAGUUGAAGCAAUGGAUAUACCGCCAGCCGUAGAGACGAUGUGUUUAGAGAUAAAUCAAGGCAAGGAAAUGCUACUGAAUGCUCAACCAUUUCUUGAUGGUAGUGCGGAAACUUUGACGGCAAUCGAUACAACACAAAUGCUGUUAAGCUCAAAUGUACCCAUAGGUGAGGAUGUGCCACUGCAGAGUAGUGCCGCAACAUUUAAUGCAGCCAAUGCAGGUUUAGUUGAGGAGGCACAAAAUAUGCUAAAUCAAGAAGUUGUCGAAGCACAAGCAAAUCAACGUUUAACACUUGAAUCUGCCACCACACAAUCUCUUACACUUACUGAGCCGACACAGAAUAUCGAGGAGACAGAAAAUCUUAUGAACGAAAGUGUAGCCGAGACGCAGAGACAGGAGCGACAGGCGACAGCCGAAAUUGGCGAUAACGUGCUAUUGCGACGCAACGAUGUUGAAUAUAGUAGUGGAAGUAGUAGUAGUAACAGUAGGGCUGGUAGAACUAGCCAAAGCAUAGUGUUCAAUAAUCCUUUCCUGCUCGACGAUAGUAAUAUAAAUGAAAUUGCCGAAAAUCACAAUAAUGCAAAUAUCGAACGAGAAUUACAGGACGAUAUUGGUGGUGCUACAACUGCGGCAAAUGCAUCGGAAUCCAGUGAGAAUGUUAUUCCAAGACAGGGCGAUGCCGAGGCAAUACGUCUGAAUAUGAAUGAUGUAACAUGAGAACAAUAGUAGUGUAAGCAAAUGGCCAUACAUUUUUAAUAGCGUAUGCUAAAUGUGUGAAAAUAUACAACUAGACAGUAUACAAAGAGCAAAGGUUCUAUGAGUAUGAGCAUAUUAUUGGUAAAUAUUAUUGUAUUAUUGGUUAUAUUAGUUGGUUUUAAACAUUGAGAUUUAUUUAAGCUUCUGUUUUCCAAAGGUUUUUUAUUUUAUGCUUUACACAUAUUAGCUUUAACUUGUUUA